AUUCAACUUUUCUGUUUGGGAGGAAUCACUCAGCUUCCCAUGCUUCUCCCACAUGCUUUCCAAUCAUGUCACUAGAAAACAUCAGCAUGAGUUUAACCAACCAGCCAAAGAACCGCCGUCGCCAAGCCAUCAAGUGGUAUCCCCACCUUCGUUACAUAAACAAAUAAAAUUUCCUCUUGUUUACUUACACAAAUAUAGCUAUAUAUACAUUCUUGUGCUCUCCGAAUCUUUAAUUUAAUCUCUCCCCAUUUUAUUACAUCUUCUUUGUCGACACCUCAAACUCAAUAUCAUCUCUUAGACAUGCAUUAACCUGCUCUUUCAACCCUCUCAUCCUGCGCUCACACCAUGGAAUUCAUUUAUCAGAUACAAAGCUCAAGGGCCACUUUGGAGGUUUCAAGCUAGAAAGGGAACAAGGAACCAUGGACGUGUUCACUUCAUUCAUUGCAACAAACUCGAAGUUUCUUCAGUUCCCAGAGACAUGGAUGCACCUAAAAUCACCUUGUUUCUGGGAGGAGGUCAGCGUAAUUAUGCAACUUGGCUUCAUUGUAAUCGCAUUGCUUCAUUUUGUUCAAAAAAGUGUGGCUCUGAUGCUCAAACACAGCAGGAAGGUUGCAAAUCAAGCGGCAAAAAAUUACCCCAUUGGUGCAAAAGUCAGCUUUUGUUAUAUAGCCAGUAUAGUGUGCUCCACUUUAAUGCUGAGCAUUCAUUUCAUAAAGCUACUGAUGCUGCUAAAUAGUAUGAAUGACACCCAUUGCAACUCCAUACUUCAAGCUUACUCAUCAGAGAUCAUGCAACUGAUGUCAUGGGCAGUAACAUUAAUUGCAGUAUGCAAGAUUCCAAACAAAGGGCACAUUAGAUUUCCUUGGAUUCUAAGAGCAUGGUGGGUUUGCAGCUUCUUGUUGUCCAUUAUCUGCACAGUUCUUGAUACCUACUCAAGAACUGCAGAACAUGGCCAUCUUAAAAUGCGAGAUUAUGCAGACUUUAUCGGUCUCCUUGCAUCCUUUCUCUUACUGGUUAUAUCAAUCCGCGGGAAGACGGGUCUAGUCUUUAUUGACUCCAACAACAUUGCUGAGCCACUUCUCACAGGAAAAACUGAUAAACAUUCGAAACAGGAAAGGGAAUCCCCAUAUGGAAGAGCAACUCUUCUUCAACUCAUUACCUUUUCUUGGCUCAAUCCAUUGUUCUCUGUAGGGGUCAAGAAACCCCUAGAACAGGAUGAGAUCCCAGACGUUGAUGUUAAGGACUCUGCUGAAUUUGUCUCCUUUGCCUUUGACCAGAAUCUAAAACAAAUUAGGGAGAAAGAUGGUGCGGCAAACCCUUCUAUAUACAAAGCAAUAUUUCUGUUCAUCAGGAAAAAGGCAGCAAUUAAUGCAUUGUUUGCAGUAAUAAGUGCAGGAGCAUCAUAUGUUGGUCCAUAUCUGAUUGAUGACUUUGUUAGCUUCCUAGCUGAGAAAAAAACCAGGAACUUAGAAAGUGGAUACCUUCUUGCACUAGCCUUUCUAGGUGCCAAGAUGGUUGAGACAAUAGCACAAAGGCAAUGGAUCUUUGGAGCCCGCCAGUUAGGUCUUCGGCUCAGAGCUGCUCUAAUAUCUCAUAUAUACAAGAAGGGCCUAGUUUUGUCCAGUCAGUCUCGGCAAAGCCACACGAGUGGAGAGAUCAUCAACUAUAUGAGUGUAGAUAUCCAAAGAAUCACAGACUUCAUCUGGUACUUAAAUAUUAUAUGGAUGUUGCCUAUACAAAUUUCAUUAGCAAUCUGCAUUUUGCACACGAGUCUAGGUUUGGGGUCGUUAGCUGCAUUAGCUGCAACUUUAAUAGUCAUGUCUUGCAACAUACCUAUCACAAGAAUCCAGAAAAGGUACCAAUCUAAGAUCAUGGAUGCGAAGGAUAACAGGAUGAAGGCUACUGCAGAAGUUCUGCGAAACAUGAAGACUAUAAAACUUCAAGCAUGGGACAGUCAGUUCCUCCAGAAGCUAAAGAGUUUGAGGAAGAUAGAGUAUGAAUGGUUAUGGAAAUCACUAAGAUUGGCAGCAAUUUCAGCUUUCAUUUUCUGGGGAUCACCAACGUUUAUCUCUGUAGUAACUUUUGGGGCGUGUAUGCUGAUGGGGAUUCAACUCACAGCUGGCAGAGUAUUGUCUGCACUGGCUACUUUCCGAAUGUUACAAGACCCUAUAUUCAAUUUACCUGAUCUACUCUCAGUUAUAGCACAGGGGAAAGUUUCCGCAGAUAGAGUUGCUUCCUACCUCCAGGAAGAAGAAAUACAGCAGGAUGCCAUUAAGUACGUUCCCAAAGAUCAAACAGAGUUUGAAGUGGAAAUUGAUAAUGGAAAAUUCAGCUGGGACCCUGAGUCAGGCAACCCAACCCUUGAUGGGGUGCAACUAAAAGUGAAGAGAGGGAUGAAGGUGGCAAUAUGUGGGACUGUAGGGUCAGGCAAGUCUAGCUUGCUUUCAUGCAUUCUAGGAGAAAUACAGAAAUUGUCAGGAACCAUAAAGAUUAGUGGUACAAAGGCUUAUGUUCCUCAGUCGCCAUGGAUAUUGACAGGGAAUAUCAGGGAGAACAUUUUAUUUGGGAAUCCUUAUGACUAUAACAAAUAUGACAGAACAGUUAAAGCAUGUGCUUUGACAAAGGACUUGGAGCUAUUUUCUUGUGGUGAUUUAACAGAGAUUGGAGAAAGAGGGAUUAAUAUGAGUGGAGGACAGAAGCAAAGGAUACAAAUUGCCCGUGCAGUCUACCAGGAUGCUGAUAUAUAUUUACUUGAUGACCCAUUCAGUGCCGUGGAUGCUCAUACAGGCACACAGCUCUUCGAGGAUUGCUUGAUGGGAAUUCUCAAGGACAAGACUACACUUUAUGUUACCCACCAAGUUGAGUUUCUGCCAGCAGCGGACAUCAUUCUGGUGAUGCAAAAUGGAAGAAUUGCACAAGCAGGCACAUUUGAAGAGCUUCUAAAGCAAAAUAUAGGAUUUGAAGUUUUAGUUGGUGCCCAUAGCAAAGCACUACAAUCUGUUCUGACAGUUGAAAAUUCCAGUAGAAUAUCCCAAGAUCCGCCAACUGAUGGUGAAUCCAACACAGAUUCGACUUCAAACGCCCAACUGCUACAAACGCAGCAAGGCUCAGAGCAUAACCUUCCUCUAGAGAUAACAGAAAAUGGAGGAAAACUCGUGCAGGAUGAAGAGAGGGAGAAAGGAAGCAUUGGAAAAGAAGUUUACUGGUCCUAUUUAACCACUGUGAAAGGUGGACUUCUGAUUCCAAUAAUACUGGUGGCACAGUCAUCAUUCCAAGUAUUACAGAUAGCAAGUAACUACUGGAUGGCAUGGGCUUCUCCUCCUACGAGUGAAACAGAGCCUACGUUUGGGAUGAACUUUAUAUUACUUGUUUAUUCACUACUUGCCGUUGGAAGUUCACUCUGUGUCUUGGUGCGAGCCAUGGUAGUGGCAGUAGCAGGACUCUGGACAGCACAGAAGCUUUUCAUUAACAUGCUGCACAGUAUUCUCCGUGCUCCAAUGGCAUUUUUUGAUUCAACGCCAGCUGGAAGAAUCUUAAAUCGGGCAUCUACUGAUCAGAGUGUACUAGACUUGGAAAUGGCAACCAAAUUAGGCUGGUGUGCUUUUUCAAUAAUACAGAUUCUUGGGACCAUAGCAGUGAUGUCGCAGGUCGCAUGGGAAGUGUUUGUCAUCUUCAUUCCAGUAACUGCAAUCUGCAUAUGGUACCAACAAUAUUACAUACCAACAGCAAGAGAACUGGCCCGCUUAGCAGGAAUACAAAGAGCUCCUAUCCUCCACCACUUUGCAGAAUCACUAGCUGGUGCAGCAACAAUCCGUGCAUUUGAUCAAGAAAACCGUUUUAUUGAUGCAAAUCUUGGCCUUAUUGACAACCAUUCGAGGCCAUGGUUUCAUAAUGUCUCAGCAAUGGAAUGGCUUUCUUUCAGACUAAAUCUACUGUCCAAUUUUGUAUUUGCCUUCUCAUUGGUUGUGCUGGUCACGCUCCCCGAAGGAAUCAUCAAUCCAAGCAUCGCAGGACUGGCAGUUACAUAUGGAAUAAACUUGAAUGUUUUGCAGGCGUCAGUAAUAUGGAACAUAUGCAAUGCAGAAAACAAGAUGAUCUCAGUAGAAAGAAUUCUUCAGUACUCAAACUUAGCUAGCGAAUCAGCCCUCGAGAUUGAAGAGUGCAGACCACCUAACAACUGGCCAGAAGUUGGAACAAUUUGCUUCAGAAAUUUGCAGAUCCGUUAUGCUGAGCAUCUUCCAUCUGUCCUAAAAAAUAUUAGCUGCACAUUUCCUGGAAGAAAGAAGAUUGGUGUUGUGGGAAGGACAGGAAGUGGGAAAUCAACACUAAUACAGGCUAUUUUCAGGAUUGUUGAGCCCAGAGAAGGGAGCAUCAUAAUAGACAAUGUGGAUAUCAGUAAGAUAGGCCUUCAUGACUUGAGAUCAAGACUUAGCAUCAUUCCACAGGACCCAACAAUGUUUGAGGGAACCGUUCGAGGGAACCUUGACCCUCUAGUGCAAUAUUCAGACAAUGAAGUAUGGGAGGCUCUCGAUAAAUGCCAACUUGGUGAACUAGUGCGUGCAAAGCAAGAAAAGUUGGAUGCCACAGUGGUUGAAAAUGGGGAAAACUGGAGCGUGGGCCAAAGGCAGUUAUUCUGUCUUGGAAGGGCAUUGCUAAAGAAAAGCAGCGUUCUUGUACUGGAUGAAGCUACAGCAUCAGUUGAUUCCGCAACUGAUGGAGUGAUACAGAAGAUUAUUAGUCAAGAGUUCAAAGAUCGGACUGUCGUGACAAUAGCUCACAGAAUCCACACGGUAAUAGAAAGCGAUCUUGUUUUGGUUCUAAGUGAUGGAAGAGUUGCAGAGUUUGACACGCCUGCAAAGCUAUUAGAAAGAGAGGAUUCAUUCUUCUCUAAGCUUAUAAAGGAGUACUCCAUGCGAUCAAAGUCCCUCAACAGCUUAGCAAAUCUGCACAUCUAGAUCCUGCAUCUGCUUCUGGGAAUCAUAAAACAUUUGAAAUUGAAUGGUGCAAGGGAGAUGAUAUAGUAGCGAAUGAAUCCCCCUAUAAAAGAUGUUUGAAUGAUCAUUCUGCAUAAUAAAGGAGACAGAAAUGAAUCCCCCGAUCGUAGUAGUAUCUAACUAUCUAUGUUGGUAACUAGUAACGUAGGAAAAAAGAAAGAGUCAAACCGGUAGCCCCCUAGUCAUGAAAUCGUUAUCCUGAUAUCCUAGGUAGCAUCUACGAGACUUUCAAACACUACUUGUGAUGGGAGAAGAAGAUCUGUCCGAAGCCAAGAUUAAAUUAUUGAUGAUGUAUAAGGUAAUCAACUUAGCAUUAUGGCAAAUAAAAAAGAUGAAUGAGAAUUCUUGCCUAGCCUACCAUAUUGAAGAA